UGAAGUAACGUCGCCUUAAAAGUUAAAAGAACAGAGCAAUAAUCCCCACUCCUCUCUCUGCGGCUUUGCCCUAACCCCUAAACCCUUUCCCUUUUCAAAAUGGCUAAGAAGCAUACCGAGGAGGAAGAAGAAUCCGGCGACGAAAUGGAAGUUUCUUCCCCCGGAAACGUAGACUCUGAAUCUGAAUCUGAAUCAGAGUCAGAGCCCGAACCCGAACCCGACAAACAAUCACCACCCUCGAAAAAACCACCACUUGCCGCUCCAAAAAAGCCUCAACCACCUGAAGAUUCCUCUUCUUCUGCAGAGGAAUCCGGGUCCGAGUCUGAGUCUGAGUCAGAACCCGAACCUCUAACCCAGAAACCAAACCCAGUUACAGUAAAACCCUUAGCAUCCAAACCCAUGGACGACCCAAAAAAAUCUGCUCCCAAGCCUAGAUCCAAACCAAAUGCUACUGCCAAACCCACUUCUCCUCCUCCGGCGAAGUCAUCCGCCGGUGCCGGAGCUAAACGGCCGGUGGCAGUGGACGAUGCUGAAACAAAGGAAUCUAAGAGGUCUAAGAAGACACCCAAAAAAGAGAUUGAAACUCCAGUGAACCAAAAAACACCCUCUGAGGAUGUGAAAAGGCAGCUUUUUCAGAGAUUAUGGAGUGAAGAUGACGAAAUUGUUAUUUUAAAGGGCAUGAUUGAUUACAGGUCCAAGAAAAAAUCCGACCCGGUUGCUGAUUUGAGCGCAUUUCAUGAAUUUAUUAAAAAAUCUUUGCAUGUAGAUGUGAGUAAGACACAGUUGCAAGAUAAGAUUAGGAGGUUGAAAAAGAAGUAUGAGAACAAUGCUGGGAAAGAGAAAAAAGGAAAAAAGGAGAGAACGUUUUCAAAACCCCAUGAGCAAAAAACUUAUGAAUUGUCCAAAAAGAUUUGGGGUAAAGAGAAAACUGAUAAUAAGGGUGAGAAAGUUGAAGAAGUUGAUAGAGUAGUGGAGAAUGGAACAACUUCAAAAAAGGAGCAAAGUAAGAGUGAGGGUCAAGAUAAUGUGGUUUUGGAGGAUGCAAUGAAGCAAAAUGAGGAACAGGGUGCUGAGGUGGUGAAGAGGGAGAAAAAUGUAGAGGUUGCUGCACAGAAUUUGAGUUCGGUUUUGUGUGAGAGAAGUGUUGCUGAACUGGAGAAGUGGCUUGAAGAGAAUUCUGGGUUGAUUAGUAUUGAGAAGAGGAAUGAGAUGAAGGAAAAGUUGACGUCUUUGAAGUUAGCUGAGUUUGACUUGUGCUUCAGGAGGGUGGAUCUGAUCACUGAGCAGGGGAAGCUGGUGCGCGAAGCCAUGGGAGCUUCUGGUAUUACCAUCUUGCAAAAGUAAACUAAUUUAGGGUGAACUUGCUUUUCUAGUUUGGUUUCUGUUUGUAGUUCUGUUAAUUACUAAAUUUGUGUAGUUUAGCUCUCUGCAUUGACAAGUAGCAUAUUUAUUUAUCAAAGUUGGAGCUUGUUAUGUGUGAUUUGCAAUUGGGUAUAAACCGUAUUUUGUCCAGCCUCACUGUCUUUUGUUGUCACAACAGCUUAUUUAGCAUUUGAAUGUUUUUGCUAUUUCUUGGA